ACUUUGUUGAUAUUUUGAUCAUCACCAUUUUACCUGAUAAAAACAGUUGUCAGUUCAGCUCGCGAUUUAUUAGAUUUAGAAUUUGGUUUUGUUAUACUUUCGCUUUCAUGCAUAACAAUGAGUUUUACGUUCGCGAUGAUGUAUUUAUAAAUGCUGAAAUUGUAGUUUUGUCGUUUUAUGCUUCAGCUUUUCACAAACGAUAUAAAAGUGCUAUAAAAUGAUGCAGAAUUCGUUCUGGUUCGGUUACACUAUUGAUGAAUUCCUUUUUCCAGAUUUUGUAAUUACAUCUCCUUUAAGUUUGUUUGCAGUAUGCAUUUCUACAGCAAUUCUAGUAAUCGUGUACGAAUCACUGAAGACAAGCAGAAUCAUUAAAACUCUGAAAAGUCAAACCUCGUCUUCCGUAUCUUUUUUCAAAUUGGCUUUUUCGAAGUCUACUGAAAAAUCAACAUUAUUAGAGGGUCGCGAACAUCUCAGACCUUCCAGAGAAAUAUGGAGAAUAAGCGAUCUAUUUUCACAUUUUUUCGAAUUACUCGUUGGUUACAUACUAAUGCUUAUAGCUAUGACAUAUAAUGCUUACAUAAUGAUCUCCAUAGCCGUAGGAGCUGGAUUAGCUUACCUAUUAUUCGGUUCCGUUCUGUUUAAUGUAACAGCUCAAGUAGUUGCAGCAAAAAUAUGCCAAGGUUGCCAAAUAAGAAAUGCUGAUGGAGAAUCUACUCCAGUUAUUCAAGCUAGUAAUGAAGAACGAGCUAGUACCAGUGCAGGAGAUGUGCCUAACGACAACGAGGAUACAAGUCCUACGGAAAAGACUGCGUACACAACUGUUCAGAUUCACUCGUGUUCGUAAUUAUUUCAUUUUGUUAUAAUAGACAGAGACAGAUCCAUGAUUAGCUCAUCAUUUUGUUGAUAGAAAAUAUUCGUUGUUAUUUUAUAACCACUGGUUGCUCGAUAAUACCUAGGUACACAAAUUACGGGUAUUUGAGUGCUCAGAGUCUUAGAUAUCGAAUUCUCGAUAGAUUGCCCUAUUUCAUAAUUAAUUAUUAUUACUAUUUUCGGACUAUUGACUUUCACUUUCACACAUUAUACAAUGAAAUAAUUUAAAUUUCGAUGUGAUAUCUUUUUUACCAAAAAUUGAUUCUAUAUUUUUAUAAGAAUUUUAGAAUGGCUUUUUGAUUUUGAAGCAAUAUUUACCUUUUUUGUUCAUUGUCAAUAUUUUAGCUUCUAAUAUUCUCAAUUUUUUAUAUUAUUUAUUUUAUAUUUAUUCGUUAUUUAUUACAAAGUUUUGAUUACAUUGUGAUGAGUUUACUUCCGAACCUUUUCUUAGAAUGUUUGAUUAUAAACCUGUCAUUGAUUUUUGACCUGUUACCAAUUAAUUUGUAAUGUAUUGUUAUAGAUUAUUCAUUCAGUUAUUUUAAGUGAAUAGAAAUUGAAAUAUACUUUUUAA